CAGCUACUGCUCUCAUUCAUCUGAUCGAUGGUCAUUAGUUUAGUACCUGCUUGCGAAGAAGAUCCGUGAGAAGUUUAACCGCUACCUGGAUGUGGUGAACAGGAACAAGCAGGUAGUGGAGGCGUCAUACACAGCCCACCUGACCUCUCCUCUGAACGCCAUCCAGGACUGCUGCACCAUCCCCCCCUCCAUGGUUGAGUUUGAUGGUAACUUCAACACCAACGUGUCCAAGACCAUCUGCUGUGACAGACUCUCCCCCACGGUCAACAGUCGAGCCUUCAACCCUGGACGGGACCUCAACUCAGUGUUGGCAGAUAACCUGAAGUCCAACCCGGGCAUCAAGUGGCAGUACUUCAGCUCAGAGGAGGGCAUCUUCACUGUGUUCCCCGCCCACAAGUUCCACUGCAAGGGCAACUACGAGCAUCGCAGCAGGCCAGUGUACGUGACGGCGGUGCGGCCCCAGUCCAAACACAUCGUGGUGAUAAUCGACCACGGAGUGACCAUUACAGAAACACAGCUCCAGAUUGCCAGAGAUGCUGCCCUCGUCGUCCUCAACUCUAUAGAUGAACAUGACAAGGUCUCGAUCCUGUCCUCAGCGGAGGCUGUGCGAUCCUGUUCUCUGGACCCGUGCUAUAAGAGCUACCUGUCUCCUGCCACCAGCGAGACCAAGAGGAAGAUGAGCGCCUUCAUCACCAACCUCAAGGCCUCCGACAGCCCUACCCAGCAUGCACUGGGCUUCCAGAAGGCCUUCCAGCUCCUCAGGAACACCAGCAACGUCACCCGGAAACUUACCAACACAGACAUGGUGAUCGUCUACCUGUCGUCUGGCAUCACGUCCCGAGACGCAUCGGAGCAUGAGAAGAGAGACACCCUCCGUGUGGUCAAAGAGGAGAACCGCCACCUCAACAACUCCGUCAUGAUCCUCACCUACGCCCUCAUGAAUGAGGGUGUGACGGGUCUGAAGGAGCUAGCGUUCCUGCGUGACCUAGCGGAGCAGAACUCUUUGAAGUACGGCGUCCCGGACCGCUCGGCGCUACCAGUGGUGAAGGGGAGCAUGAUGGUCCUGAAUCAGCUCAGUAACCUGGAGACCACCGUGGGACGCUUCUACAUCAACCUGCCCAACCGCAUGAUAGACCUGUCCUGCUUCAGCCUGCCCUACCAGGACCCCAUGGGAGACGGUUUCAUCAUGACGGUGAGCCGGCCCUGUUACUUUGGCAACCUGUUGCUGGGUGUGGUUGGGGUGGACGUGAACCUAGCCUACAUUCUAGAGGACGUCACCUACUACCAGGAUUCCUUGGCCUCCUACACCUUCCUCAUAGACAACAAAGGUUACACCCUGAUGCACCCGUCCCUCACGCGGCCCUACCUGAUGGCAGAGCCUCCCCUCCACACUGACAUCAUCCACUAUGAGAACAUCCCUGGGUUCCCCGUAGUACGGGACAACAUUCUCCGUCUGCCCCUGGGUAGUCAGGUGAUAGCUGUGCCCACCAACUCCUCUCUGUCCUGGCACACCAACCGUCUCCGAGACCCCAGCAAGGAUGCCUACAACGUCAGCUACACAUGGAAACUGGUCCAGGACAAGUCGUUCAUCCUGUGCAUAGUGAACGUCCAGCCAGAGAUCCCUGUGAAACACCUGAAGAACCUGAACACUGCUCCAAGCUCCAAGCUGCUCUAUCACCGCCUGGACCUGCUGGGCCAGCCCAGCUCCUGUCUGCACUUCAAACAGCUGGCCACUGUCGAGAGUCCUACAGUGAUGCUGUCUGCAGGGAGCUUCUCCUCACCCUACGAACACCUCAGCCAACCAGAGACCAAACGCAUGGUGGAACACUACACUGCCUACCUCAGUGAUAACACACGCCUCAUAGCCAACCCUGGACUCAAGUCGUCGGUCAGGAAUGAGGUGAUGGCGACCAGUCACGUCACAGAUGAAUGGAUGACACUCAUGGAGAUGAGUAGCCUCAACUGCUACAUUGUGCGCCGUUACAUAGCAACGCCCAAUGGAGUGCUUCGGAUUUACCCCGGCUCACUCAUGGACAAAGCCUUCGAUCCGUCCCGGAGACAAUGGUACCAACAUGCAGUGGCGAACCCUGGCCUCAUCACCUUCACCGGGCCUUACCUGGAUGUGGGCGGAGCCGGAUACGUGGUCACCAUCAGCCACACCAUCCACACCUCCAGUUCUCAGAUGGCCUCAGGGUAUGCAGUAGCAGUAAUGGGGAUAGACUUCACACUGCGUUACUUCUACAAGGUUCUGCUGGACCUGCUACCCGUCUGCAAUCAGGACAAGGGCAACAAGAUCCGGUGUUUUAUCAUGGAGGACAGGGGUUAUUUGGUGGCCCACCCCACCCUCAUCGAUCCUAAAGGUCACGCUCCAGCCGAGCGGCAGCACAUCACACACAAGGAACCUCUGGUGGCCAACGACAUCCUGAACCAUCCUAACUUUGUCAAGAAGAAUUUGUGCAACAGCUUCAGCGACCGCACAGUCCAACGUUUCUACAAGUUCAACACCAGCAUCAUUGGUGACUUGACUAACCUGGUCCACGGGAGCCACUGCUCCAAGUACCGCCUGACCCGUAUCCCUGGCACCAACGCUUUCGCUGGCAUCGUCAACGAGACUUGUGAUUCGCUGGCUUUCUGUGCCUGUAGCACAGUGGACCGCCUCUGUCUCAACUGUCACAGGAUGGAGCAGAAUGAGUGUGAGUGUCCAUGUGAGUGCCCCCUGGAGGUCAACGAGUGUACUGGCAACCUCACCUACACUGAGAACAGAAAUCCCAGCUGUGAGGUGCACCAGGAGCCCCUGUCUCUGACGGUGAUUGACUCCAGUCUGCAGGACACCCUGCCCCAGUGUAUCAACACCCGCUGCAGCCAACGCUUCACUAGCAGUGACUGCUUUGGCGUGUUGGACUGUGAAUGGUGUAUGGUGGACAAUGAUGGGAAGACCCACCUGGACAAACCAUAUUGUGCCCUGCAGAAGGAAUGCUUCGGGGGUAUCCUCGGGGCCAAGAGCCCUUACAUGGACGGCAUGGGGAUUUUGGAUGAGGAGGUAGCGUCUCUGAACAUGAUUCGGAGUGCACCGGUAGGGCCGGUUGCCGGGGGGAUUAUGGGCUGUAUCAUGGUGCUGGUGUUGGCUGUAUACGCCUACAGACACCAGCUCCACCGGCGCUCACAUCAACACAUGUCCCCUCUGGCCGCGCAGGAGAUGUCAGUGCGGAUGUCGAAUCUGGAUAAUGAGCGAGAUGAGGACAGUCAUGAAGACAGGGGAAUCAUCAGCAACACACGGUUUAUUGCUGCGGUGAUUGAGAGACACACCCACAGCCCCGAGCGCAGGAGGAGGUACUGGGGACGGUCAGGGACAGAGAGUGACCACGGUUACAGCACCAUGAGUCCUCAGGAGGACAGCGAAAAUCCUCCCUGCAACAACGACCCCUUGUCGGCCGGCGUUGACGUGGGGAACCACGAUGACGACCUGGAUCUGGACACGCCCCCUCAGACGGCGGCGCUGCUCAGCCACAAGUUCCACCCGUACCGCCACCGCCCCACCACCAGCUCCACACACCACCUGCAGGCAGCAGUCACCGUGCACAGUGUGGACGCAGAGUGCUGAUCCUCUGUACCCGAUCCCUACACAGGCCUCAGCUCUCCUCCAACCCCACCAGCCCUCUCCCAAGCCUGGCUACAUCACUACUAGCUAUUCAUCCAACAC